UAUAUAUAUAUAUUAUAUGUCCCGCGGAAAGACGAGUGCCGCGCAUUAAAAAAACAUGAGUCCCGCGGGCUAAACAAUCUUCCAAAUACAAAGGAAAAGGAACUCAAACCCACUUAUACCCACUUCAUUCCUCCUCUAUAGCAAGAGACCAUUUCUUUACCUACCCAAAAAUAAAAAAAAUAAAAAACAAAAAACACACACCAUUUCUUCUACUUUCCUAGUCCGUCAACGGUAUCAGGCUUCAUCUCAAAAUCGAAGUCUUGGCUAAGAUCCAAUCAAUCUGAAUUUCAAGCUUUAAUCUUGAAGGAAAAUCUAAGUCUUGGCUAAGCUCCGAUCAAUCCGUCAUCAGAUCCAGAAUUUCAAGCUUUAAUCUGAAGGACUCUCCCUCCCUCGGUUCACAGUGCUAUUAUUGCAUAGGAAUCUUCCGGCGGAUUGUCUGAGACGGCCCCCUCAUCGUCCAGACCUCGGUGGUUGAGAACUCCAUUGCUCCAGUUGUGGGCGUGUUUGUGCCUUUGGUUGGCCUAAGGACCUCUUUUUCUCUCUCUGAGAGCCCUUUCUGUCAACUCUACUUGCCAUUUUACCAAAAAAUAAAUAAAAAUUCCUCCACCCCUGGGGGUGUAGACCCAUGUUGCUCAGAGUCUGAACCAUUUGCUGACAGACGAGCCACUUCAUUUUCUUUUCCUUUGUCCAUGGCGGGUAAGAUUUUAUGUUUUCAAGACGGCACCACCCCUAGUGUCCCGCCACCCAACCAAUGGCGCAAAGCUCCUUUCCUAGAGACAGAUCAAGACCACUUUUGGAACCUUGUGGGUGUUGAACAAGAGGAUUUUAUUGUUACCGAUGAUCCCAAAUUUUUGGAAGAUGAAGGUCCCAUUGCUGGAGCUCUAAUUUCUCCUUCUUCCAUUCCACGGCUCUUGGUGGAACGUGGGGAUUUUCCUUAUUCUUACAUUGAGUUCGAUGGUCACACGGGUUCUCCCCCUGAUUGGAAAUUGUGGACACAACAUGUCCUAAGUAGGGAAGAUUAUAGACUAAUUUUGGAACGUUCAAACAUUUUGAAUGCCAUCCGUUUGUUUUCUGUCCUCACUAUUAGGCGUGACAAUUUAAGCUUGCGUACACUGAUUUCUCGCUGGAGUACGGACUCCCACACCUUUGUUGCAUCUUGGGGUGAAUUUUCACCCACUUUAGAAGACGUUGCUGUGCUGUACCGACUUCCUAUCCUUGGUGAUAAUGAUGUUAAUUUGAUUGAUUUGGCUCCCGAAGAUCAAACCGUGGUGGCCGACUUGAAGCGAUGUGCUACAAUUGCUUCCGAAAAGGGAUCAUGGUUUGAUGGUUCAACUCUUUUACCUUCACAACCAAUACUUGUUCGCAAGAAGUUAGCUUACUCGAAUUGGGUCCGCUAUUUUUUCAAAGAUGUGGACCUUUCUCCACAAAACCUUCGUUCCGUGAACCCUGAGCACCGUAGUGUAAAUGGCCCAGAGUUUGACAAGCCUCUUCAUCUAGCGGGUUUCCUAUCUUAUUGGCUUGACCGUUUUAUUUUUGAGGGUCGUCCCGAGGAUGGUCUCAAUACAAGGGUGUUUCCUCUUGCCGCCGUACUUGCCCGCGGGUGUGCUGUUCGGCUAGCACCGAUGUUCCUCGGGACAUUAUAUCAUCGUCUAGAUAUGAUUAAAGAAGCCUCGUCUAGUUCUUUAGGAAGAUAUGACAUUAGCUCCUUCAUUUCAUGCCCUUUUUUGACGUUAUUCUUGUUUGAGAGGUUUCCAAGCUACAGUGCUAGCUCUCCAAAAGAAUUUGCGGCCAAUGAUACAGAUGGUGCCUCGGCCGACAAUGGGCAAGCCUUAAGGUGGUCGGGGAUUACUGGCCGGAAAUUAGGGGAUUUGAUAGACUAUGAAAGAGAGUUUGUUUUUCGGCCUUAUGCAAUUCACAUAAAUGGCAUUGAAUUCUCCAUGUUUUACUUUGAUAAUGACGAGGAACUUGGUCCGGCUCAAACUAUGAACCAUUACCAGCUGAUGUUUGCUGCUAUGACAGCCAGCUGUUGUCUUCCGAGCUUUACUGAAGCAGGGAUGUCUUUGGCUAGUUAUAUGCCAGCGCGAGUCUCACGUCAAUUUGGGUUCGACCAAGGAGUUCCGCAUCUACAAGGCAACCGGCAGUCUUUUCAAGACUGUCUCCGUGAGUUGUCGGAGAGGUCUUAUUCACUUACCUUCUUUAUCCCUUCAUAUGAUCGCCAAGGUAAGUGUUCGGAAGGCUAUCGCAAAUUUUGGAAGAAGAACCUUGAAAUCUUUCUUUCCUUUCCCAAGGAGUUGCCGCAUCCUAUUGAGCCACCAGUCAUCUUUGUAGGUGACUCUUCACUCAAGCUUCCAAAGAAGCGGCCAACCUCAUCUCGCGGCAAUGCGAGCCGGUUUGCGAAGGAAUUUGCUCCCACAUGCACACGUCGUUGUAUAGAAGCGCAAAAUUCUAUGCCAAGUGGAGCUGCUGAUUCGACUAAGAUUUUAAAAUCAAAAAGAGUUUUACCUUGUCCUGCUCCCAAAAGGCCCCGAAAGGAUGACGCAACAAGUACAAGGGCUACCAGCAGCAACAAUUUUGUGGAGAUUGUGGAAGAUCCAGUAACGACUAGUAACAAUGUGGCAAAAGGCAAUAAAAAUGAAGUUGGUAUUCCUGCGCGCAUAGAGGAUGGUCCAACAACUACAAGAGCUAUCGACAGCAAUUUUGUGGAGAUUGUGGAAGAUCCCGUAAUGACUAGCAACAAUGCCGCAAAACGCAAUAUAGAGCAAGUUAGUAUUUCUGCACAAGCAGAGGAUGGCACAACUAGUACAAGAGCUACCAACGGCAAUUUUGUGGACAUUGUGGAAGAUCCCUUAACGACUAGCAACAAUGCAGUAGAAGGCAAUAAAGAGCAGGAUGUUGCAACAAGUACAAGAGCAACCAACAGCAAUUUUGUUGAAGGUCCUGUAAUGACUAGCAACAAUGUGGUUGGUAUUCCUGCGCACGCAGAGGAUGUCGCAACAAGUACAAGAGCUACCAGCAGCAAAUUUGUGGACAUUGUGGAAGAUCCCACAACGACCAACAACAAUGCGGCAGAAGGCAGUAUAGAGCAAGCUGGUAUGCCCACUCGCACAGAGGCGAGUAUGUUCGCGCGCGGAGAGGAUGAUGAUUUUAUUUGUUGGGCUUGUCAAAAUUUGGUAGACGUAUUCCAUACCAGCUUAUCUCAACCUGCUAAAGGCCAAUCUCUUGGAGCCAAUCCCGAAGGGACUGGUAAUUUAAAAACUUGUGCACAAGGUUUUGGCGUUAUUGACCCCCACAAUCGACCGGAUUAUAUUCAAAAUGCUGAGGCGGCCCGUCAUGAGAUUCAGAUUAGCGGGAAUGUGGCAGAGGGAGAACUUGUAAGCAAGCCCCACCCCUUCGAAUUAACGCCUACAGUGAUACGUUUCCCAGAAUUUUCCGAGAGUUCCUUGAGUUUCUGGGAAUUGUGCCGGAGAGUGCCAUCAAAUGAGUCUCAAGCAAGUGUUGUGAAUUCUGAAGAGACGAUUAGACAUUUUUUUGACUCUAAUGUUUGUAAUAAUGUGUUGAGGUGUGUUGAAGGCGUUGGCGAAAACGUUGAUCUUCACGUAACCCAUGUGUGCAAGCCCGGUCCUGCUGAAAACGUUGAACUUCCAAUGACUCGUGUGUUGUGGCCCGUUCCUGCUGAAAACGUUGAUCAUCUCAAGACCCAUGUGUUGAGUCCUGCUAAAAACGUUGAUCUUAGCAUUACCCUAGGUCGUGGAGAUUCUCCCAAGGAUCAUCCGCCUCCAGCAGAUUCGGGUCAGACUUCUACUGACAGUCUUGUUCCCUGGCAUCAAUUUUCUUGCAGUUCCAAUAAAGUCGGUACAUUGGACCGUGUUUAUGAACGUCAUCCCGAAACUUUUGCCGAUUUCAAGGUUCAGGGGCCUAACUUUCAGUCUUUUUUUCUAGACAUGUUAGCAGAUGUUAUUAAGAUGCUGGAGGAGAAGCUCGUGCGUGAUAUUGACAAUGCUGACAUAAGCAAGGUAAAUCAGUUUUUAAUUAAUGGCAAGUUGGUCGGUCUAAAUCUCUCUUGGCUUGAGUCCCGAGUUCGUGCCAUUGAAAACUUAGCUUCCGACAAGAGAAAGUAUGAAAGUGUUCUUCGUCAGAUCGGUCAAGCCGAGGAGGAAAUUAUAAAUUUGAAGCAGAAACUAGAAUCCUUGGAGUCGUCUUCUUUGGAGCUUGUGCAGAAGAUAUCUGCUCAACAAGAACGUUUUGGUGAUGGUUUAAUUAAACUGCGGCUUUUCACUUAAUGGGUUGAUUUAAAUUUUUCUUUGAUUUUGGAUUAGUUACACUUAUCUUUCCUCUAAUUUGGAUUUAUUAAUUUUUAUUUUUUUUUGUCAUUGACAACAAAACUCACACGUCCACUUUUGAAAGUAGAGGUGAUAUCAGUGAAGCACAAGGCCCUUGGUUGGAUAUAUUAUAUUUAUUUUUUUGUAUUUUGAAAACCCAUAAGUACUCUUUAUCCAUAUCUCAAGGCAGAUGAUCCAUCAAACGAACUAAGGUACAGAAUUUUAUUUUUUUAAAUAUAAAGAUAAAAUUUAGUCAGUCAUUCGGAAUAACUUCCCAAAAAAAUAAAAAAAAAAAUCCUCCUAGGCACUACGUUAAUUUCUUUUUUCUUUAACUACAUUUCUUUGUUGUUUUGGCCUUUUUUUUUUUUUUUUUUUUAUUUUUUUAUUUUUUACUGCUAUAUAUUCUAUGUUUUACAUCUAGUCUUUACUUUGUUUUUUGUUUUUUUCCCUUUAGGUUACACCAAAUUUGCAUUCAAGGAGGAUUCUUUAUUUGAUUAUUGAUUCUAAGAUUGAUUCAAAUUAUACCAAAUUAACAUUGGUUUUUUUUGGAUGUAACUUUUUGAAAGGCAAGAAGUCGACCGGUGUCUACAAGAUCAAUAUCUUUGAGAAGUUAUAUUCCUUUUAAUUUUUUUUGAUAAAUGUGUAUUUCAAAAUCUCUAGGGUUUUUUUUAUUUUUUUAUUUUUGUUCCGUCCCCAAAAACAAAAGUAACCCUUUUGGGAUAAAACAAAAUUGUAUACUUUAGUAUGUGUUUGCAAAUAAUUUGUUGAGGUUUGCUAGUAACAGUGGCGUUAUCAGUCGGGAGAUUUCAUUGGUCCAUCACACACGUGGAUUGUUUUAUUUUAUAUUUUCU